AUGAGGAGAAGUCUUCAUCAGGCCAGUUGGGAAUGCAGGGGGAGGACCUGCUAUGCGGACCGUCUCCACUUUGAUGAGCGCGAUCCUGCCCAGGAUAGGCGCCCAUAUCUAGACAAGCUCAUCGCGAGAUAUCAGGCGACUUCGGCUGCCAUCAUCUACAAGGGACAUUGCGAGCUGGAAAGGACUCGCUAUGUCUCUGGCAGAGUUACUGCCCCUGAUGCGGAACUCAAUGCCAUCUCGUGUGCAGUACGCCUUGCUGUCAAGCAGGCAAACUGCCAACAUAUUAUGGCUUUUAGCCUGUCAGUUUGUCGCGCUCUUCAAGAGUGGUUUGAGGCGGAUGAUCUCCGCUGCAUUACCUUCGUCUAUGUCCCAUCCGCUCUGCGGUGGGACAUCCAUGGUGAAGCACACAAGUACAUCACCGAGCUCAAAGUCAGGGUUGGACGUCGUAAGACGGACAACUCUAUAGACACGCUACGCUCUCAAGCGGCGCACUCAGUCCUGGAUUCGUGGAGCUCCACUUUCCAGGAUCCAACCUACCGAGGCUCUGAAUUCUUAGAGCUUCAACAGCCUGAUGGGCAGCCGCUACAGCCAUCGUACCUCAAUGGGGGACCUUGGCUCUCAACCUUCGGACACAGUAUCACUGAGUUCGCCUGCGUUUGCCGGUGUAUAACUGGCCAUGCGCCCAUUGGAGCGUAUUACCGUCGCUUCAAGAUCAAUGAGCCUCACGGCUGCACUUGCGGGGCUGCUUUGCAGUCUUGCCAGCACGUCCUCUUUCGCUGUCACGAUCGCUACUCCGUGCAUUACCCCCACUUUCUUGGGGAUAUUGCAUCCUUUAUGAAGUAUAACCCCACGGCAUUUGGCUUCAACCGAGACCCCUUGGGUGUCGGAUAA